ACACCACAAGGCAGAACCAGGUUUCUCCAUUACCGCAUUUGAUCAAAAGUUGAACAUACAAUAUCAAAGACACCAAAAUGACAACUGAAUACAGUGAGAAAGAAAUGAAGAAGGUCCUCGUUUUCGGAGGAAAGACCGGAUGGAUUGGAGGUCUCAUGGUGGAUAUGCUCAAGAAGGAAGGUGAGUCUCGAUUCGGUUUCUCGGUCACGACGGGAUAUUGGUUGAUGGCAUCGAAACACAAAACUGGAUGCGAUCCUUUUCGGUUUCCCUGUGAAUUAAAAAAAUAAGUACUAGUACUCCAGAAAAGACCAAUUCUCAACAAGUUUUGUUGGUCUCCUGUUUCAAUCAAUGUUUCACUCGUAACACGUGACCCGUCCUAAAACGAACACCAUCCAAUUUAUUGAUGUAUCGGCAAACGCAUCGUAUCCCAUGGUUCUAAAUUCUAAUCAAAGGAAUCGAGGUGCUCCCUGCCGAGAGCCGAAUGCAAAACCGCGAAGCGGUCGCCAAGGAGUUGGACGAAGUUAAGCCCACCCACGUCUUCAACUCCGCCGGAAUCACCGGACGUCCCAACAUUGAUUGGUGUGAAACCCACAAGCCCGAAACAAUCCGCACCAACGUGAUCGGAACACUCAACCUUGCCGACCUUUGUUUGGAGCGAGGCAUCCAUUGUACCGUCUAUGCCACCGGCUGCAUCUUUGUCUACGACGAGGCUCACCCCUUGGGAUCCGGAAUCGGUUUCAAGGAAGAAGACACACCCAACUUCGAUGGAUCGUUCUACAGUGAGACCAAGGGAUACAUGGAACCAAUGCUUAGAAAUUACCCGAACUGUAUGAUCCUCCGUGUUCGCAUGCCAAUCUCCGACGAUCUCAUCCACCGCAGUUUUGUUACCAAAAUCGUCAAGUACGAACGUGUUGUUAACAUCCCUAACUCGAUGACCAUUCUCACAGAAAUGCUUCCCGCAUCGUUGGCCAUGGCCAAGAAGGGCUUGACCGGAGUCUACAACUUCACCAACCCCGGUGUUAUUUCUCACAACGAAGUAUUGGACUUGUACACCAAAUACAUUGAUCCUACUUACACCUACAAGAACUUCACCGUCGAGGAACAAGCCAAGGUUAUUGCUGCACCCCGUUCCAACAACGAGCUCGACACCACGAAGCUCCUACGCGACAUGCCCGAAGGAGUCGUGAUCAACGACAUCAAAACUGCAUACGAACUCUGCUUCCAGCGCAUGGCCAAAAAUCUCGAAGCUCAAUAUGGACCUCUUCCAGAUAGCUUGCCAAAGGAAUUCCGACGUGUUUAAAUCAAUAUUUUGAGCAUUUAUUCCUCAUGAAUAGAAACUCUGUUCGUAGUGGAGCAGGUAACCAAUGCAGGAAUGUCUUCAAAUUGGUCGUCUAUCGUGGAACGACAGAGAGGUUGAAUUCACACAAUCCUGUGUGUUCAAAAGAGACUAUGGUUAUGAUUCGAAAGCCGUAAAGAAUAGACUCAUAUUUUUGCC